AAAUUCUACUCGGUCCACUAAUUCAGCUAAGUGACUAGAAUAGCGAAAUAAUUCGCCAUAGCUGAAUCUGGCUCGAUAAUCGCAAGAACUGCGAAGUCGGCGAGAGGUUCGUGACUUACACAAUUUAUCGAGCACCCUAAUGCGCCUCGUACUAGCACAUCAAUCUAUGCAACGAUCGAACUAUUUUGGAUAAUUUAUCAGCUUACCGUUUCAAUAGCCGACUCGAAUCCGCGAGAUCGGUAAUGAUUUUCCGAUCGAGGCAAUUUGCCGAGCGCAUGGCAGGUGCCACACGAACUUCACGCUGCUAGCUUCAUCUUCACCCGAUUCUUGGAAUUUCUUGCUGACGCGCGGAACAACGACGACUUUCGAUUCAAGUCUGGAGCGAGCUGGUGAGGUGGGGUUGAGCAGGGGAUGACGGGUUUGACGACUCGACGGUAAACGCGAACACGCCGAAACCCGAUGGAUGAAGAGCGAGCGCACACGAGGCAAGCAACACGGAUUUGAAGCAUGGAGAAAUUGCCCACAGCGAAAUGAGCCGAGCAAGGAGCGCUCGUGAACUUUAUGGCGGAAUCGGUAGCAGCCGAUGCCAGAGCGCACGGCGAGGGGACUUCGGCGGUGCGGACAGCAAGCAGGCGAUUCGACGGCGUGGGAGUUCGACACGCCGUGGCGAGCAAACAAAAUUUGUGCGCGCGGCAAACAAAGAAAGAGCGAGCUGCGCGUGCGCAGAGAGUUCGACAAUCCACAGCAGGGGCAAACGCAGUCCGAGCAGGGACCAGCAGCAGAUAUGGACGCCGAUCUUGAAGACGCGGCUGCGCGCGGAAGCUGUAACAACACGCGAUAGAGACAGAGCUCCGCGGCUGGGAAAAAGGCUCAACGCCGCCAUGGUUGGGAGCUUAGGGCAGUUAGCCGAGCUAGAGCAAGGGACGACACGGGCCAUCACAAACUCCGGCGAGGACCAGGGAGAUCCGGUUGAGCCUGGCAAGGAAAGGCGCGGAGAAGAGAAGCCGCGAGGGAGAAACGCACUGCGCAGGGGGUUCGGCUAUGCGCAGGAGCGAGCAAGGAGAUGGACGUCGAGCAGAGCGCGGCCAUAGGCAAGAUGGAGGAAGCGUCGGCCGGAAGAUGCACCAGCGACGUAUCCUGUAUUCCUGUGCGACGGUGAAAUAUCAGAUGGAAGGAAGAUAGACAGCGGCUAGAGGAUAAGAACGAGAGCUUGAGCGGCUGCUGGUGGACUCCAUCCGAGCUGGGCGACGGCGGCGGCAAAA